AUGGAUGAACUUGACCUGAAGAUAAUCGGUAUCCUUCAAUCUGACGGGCGCGCGUCCAACGCGAAGAUAGCCCGGGCCGUUGGAGUAAGCGAGGGAACCGUGCGCCGUCGGUUGCGGCGUUUGAUCAAGGAUGAUGUCGUUCAGGUGGUGGCGGUGCCCAACCUGGAGAAAAUGGGAUACGGCACGACGGCGUUGAUUGGGCUGGAGACCGGACCCGGCAAAUCGGAUAUGGUAGCCGAAGCGAUUGCCGCGCUGGACGAAGCCCACUACGUGGUGGUGGCCACCGGGCCUUAUGACGUGUUCGUCUGGACGGCCCUGGAAUCGGCGGAGAGCCUGGGCGAAUUCCUGCGUACCCGCAUUGGCGUGAUUGACGGAGUGCAGAAAACCCAGACCUUCGUUACGCUCUCGACCAAGAAACGAUUUACCCGAGUGUAG